AACUCACCGCCAUGAAAGGUAAGAGAAAGGGAGGGAGGGAGAGGGAGCGGGAGAGAGAGAGAGAGAGAGAAAGAGUGAGAGAGAGAGAGAGAGAGAGAGAGAGAGAGAGAGAGAGAGAGAGAGAGAGAGAGAGAGAGAGAGAGAGAGAGAGAGAGAGAGAUCAAGAAAGAGGUAGAAAGAGACGUAGAGAAAGAGAGGUAGAGAGAGAGAGAGAGAGAGAGAGAGAGAGAGAGAGAGAGAGAGAGAGAGAGAGAGAGAGAGAGAGAGAGCCCAUGGUAUAUAAUGCUUCGGGGAGCGACGGUAUUUUCCAAACUGGAUAUGCGGUUCGGAUAUUGGUAGAUAAGAAUGGCGGACAAUUCCAUCCACAAACUGCCUUCCGAACUCAAUACGAGUCGUACAAGUAUGUGGUAAUGCCGUUCGGACUCACCAACGCACCGGCAAGGUUCCAAGCUAAAAUGAACCACAUUCUACGCCCACUCUUGGAUGAAUGCAUGGUGGUGUACAAGAACGACAUCCUCAUCUACUCGCGCGACAUGCAGCAGCACAUCAAACACCUGCGAAGCGCCUUCGACAUGCUUCGACGAGAACGCUUUUACGUCAAAUUGUCCAAGUGUGAAUUUGCCCUUCAGAAGGUCCAAUUCCUCGGACAGGUGGUGAGCGCUCAAGGAGUUCACGUCGACCCCAAGAAAAUCAAAGCCGUACGCACGUGGAAGACACCCGAGAACGUGAAGGAGUUGCAGCAGUUCCUAGGCUCGGGUACGACCCCGUUACACUUCUUUCUCAUUUCCAUCCUUUCUCCUCUAUCUCAACUCAACUACCCGAUACACGACAAGGAGGCCCUUGCUAUCAUCAACGCCUUCAAAACGUGGAGAUGCUAUCUCGAAGGACGCAAGACGACAGUCUACACCGACCAUUGCAGCCUAAAAUAUUUGAAGACACAACCAAGCCUCUCCAGGCGGCAGGUCCGGUGGAUUGACUUCCUCGAGACACACUUCCACUACGACAUCGUGUACAAGCCCGACCACAAAAACAAAGAAGAUGCCCUUAGCCGGCCUGCACACCGACAUCUGCUACAGUGGGACAACGACAUCGCGUACCGGAAGGGAUCAAUGAAGAUCUGGGUACCAAAUUACCCUUCUUUGCGCCAGUUACUACUUGAAGAAUACCAGGACGUCCUCUACGCCGGACACUUCGGUAGCAACAAGACGCUGACUGGUAUCGCAAAGCACUACUACUGGCCCCACAUGGCAGAAGAUGUUCAGAAAUUCGUCACCUCGUGUGAUACAUGUCAACGGAUGAAGAGCAGUAAGCAGAAGAAGGCAGGACUGCUACAGCCUCUUCCUGUCCCAGAACAACCAUGGCAAGUGGUUAGCCUGGAUUUCAUCACCGGGUUACCGCCGACCACCAGCGGUCAUGACGCAAUCCUUGACGCCAUCGACAAGUUCUCCAAAAUGGGAGACUUCAUCCCGACACACACGACAGCACGCACUAAAGAAACAACACAACUCUUCGUUCGAUACAUCAUCUCACAGCAUGGCAUUCCAACCACACUUAUCUCCGACGGAGACCCCAAGUUCACCAGCAAGUUCUGGAAGGAACUUAUGUCUCUAUUCGGGACCAAACUCUCCAUGUCAUCCGCUUACCAUCCCCAUCUCCCAUCUAAACUUCGACCUCGCUUCUGCGGGCCUUUCCUCGUUGAAGCACAGGUCACUCCUGUCACCUUCCGCUUACGCCUGCCAGCCACCUGGAAGAUUCACAAUGCCUUCCAUGUCCAACUUCUGAAGCCCUAUCAAGAUCCGAACACGAUCUUCGUCGGACGCCAACCGCCGCCGCCGCCGCCCGUCCUCGUCCAGAAUGAACCCAAGUACGAGGUCGAGUCCGUGCUUGCACAUCGCCGUCGUCGGAAUGGCACCGUGGAGCUUCUCAUUCGUUGGAAGAGUUAUGAUCCUUCUGAGGACAGCUGGGUACCUGAGUCCGACAUGGGUAACGCCCGUCGUC